AUGUCAGUGACCAUUCAAACGAGCCUAGGAGAUCUCAAAGCUGAGCUGUUCUGUGCGGAGGUGCCGAACGCCUGUAAGAAUUUCUUGGCUUUAGCGGCGUCGGGGUACUAUGAUGAUACUAAAUUUCAUCGUUUGAUUCCGGGGUUUAUGGUACAG